UCUCUUCAUCACUCUUUACUUUCUCUCACUUCAUUUCAUUUCCACCCUUUAUUUUCUUUCUCUUCAUUUUCUUUCUCUCCAAAAUAUGGAGAAUUCCACCGACAAGAGAAAGAGAGUUGAUGAUGAGUUUGAUGAAACUCAAACUCACUGUGUUGACUCAGUUCAUGCUAAGAUUCGUAAGAUUAACUCCUUUUCUGAUUCUGAUGAUGUUAACUUAACUGAAACAAAGACUGAAACUCAGCUUACCCGAGUCGACUCGAGUGAGUCGAGUCAGGUUUUUGAUUCGGAUGAGAUUUUUAAUAUACUUGAUGAUGAAAACAAUGCUCAUGAACGUGAUUCUGAGCCUGACUCAGUGAUGGGUCUUGACUCAGUUAUCAAAAGCUUUGAAGAAGAGAUUUUUGCACCUGGGACUGAACCAGGUCUGACUGAACCGGAACCGGUUCAGGUCGACCUGGUUCAAAUGACCGGUUCAGGUGAGAUGGAGAUGAACUUAGGUUACUUGUUUGAGGCUUCUGAUGAUGAACUUGGGUUGCCACCAACUGUGACUGAACCGGGUUUAAAUGAACCGGGUUCGGAUGAACCGGACAAGGUGGACUUGACCGGUUUUGUUGGGUUUGAUGAUGAUUUUACCGGUUUUGAUGGGUUUGGUUAUGGAACUGGGUUGUUGUCGGAGAGUGACGGUGGUGCUGAAGAUUUUGUGACUGGGGAUGGGUUGUUUGAAUAUGGUGAACCGGCGGCGGCGGAUGUUUUGUGGCGGUCGGAGUCUUUACAAGCUAUGUAAGAAGGUGGCGUUGAGAUUUUGGGGUGGAAAAUGUAAAUCUGAGAAAAUGUUGGGGUAAUUUUAGAAGGAUGAAAAAAUGGAAGAUUAGAAAUGUAGGUGAUAGAUGUGAAAAGGAAAAGUUUGUAGGAUUAAGAUUUGUUAAUGGUUCUUUUGUUGAAAUUUAAUUUAAUGAGAAACAAAUUGGUCCCAAAUUAUGA